AUUAUUUUAACAGUAAACUGUUUCAGACUGCUGCUCUCUACAGAAAAGAUCUGGAUUUAAUCCUCAUUUCUUUCCAGAUGUGAAGAAAAGUAAGUAGUGUGACCCCAAUGUUUGUGUGAAGGAGGAGGAGCAUAUUUAGUAACUGGUCAUGAACUAGAUUGUAAUGUGAGACUGUUCAUAGUUCACAGAUUGUAGGGCGGAGCCUGCUCCUUAGGGCGCCCCCUGCUGUCCAAGGAGGGUUUAGGAGGAGGCAUGGUAUCUACUGUAGCAGUGGUUAUAAAUGUCCUGUAAACCCUGAUCAAUGGAUCAGUUGGAUCAGUUCUCCUCUUUAAUAUUUCAGUCAGCGCUCAGUGGAAACUCAGGGCUUCAGGUCUUUGUUAUUUAACAUCUACAGACCUAUUUUGAUCUCUUUCUGAUUGUUCUAAGGCUCUGAGACAAUAAAGAGACAAAAGCUGUUUGCAGGCGUUCAUUAAACAAACUGCUAUAUUAGUAAUGACAUUCUAAGACCUUAGCGGCUGUAAAAUCGCUUGCAUUCCUACACAGAGGAAGUUAUAGUCUGCAAUAUCCGCCCCUCCUAUCACUACCUCCAUUCUUCAGGUACACCAAGGGCGGGGCUGUUGUUCUGUUCUCACUAGUUGGCUCAUUAAAUCUCCAUGUGGCUUCAGAGUAGCGAACAUACUGGACAGCUCUGAACAAGGAACCGCUAUUAGAACAAACCUCUGUGAGCGCCUCAUAACCACUCGGUAGCAGAAGUUUAACCUGCACAGAGAUCAGUCUCAGCUGGAUUGUAGAGAUUGUAGCUGACUUUCUGGAUCUAACAGACAUGGAUGUUCUUCAUUUAUUCCCAUUCUUACUUGUUUUCUGGACAUCUCCUGUGUUAUCAGCUCAAGAUGUGGUCAGCAUCCCAGCAGAACCAGGACAGAACAUCAAUCUGACAUGUAGAGCUACUAAAAACAGCCUGGUCACAGUUUUAAGGCUGACCCGAGAUGACCUGAAACAACAAAAAGAAGUGUUUGUAUACAGGAAUGGAAAGAUCAAUGAAAAGAGCCUCAAUCCCCAGUUUAAGGGUCGAACCAGCCUGCAGAGCCUUUCUACUGCUGAUGGAGAAGUCAAUGUGACUUUAAGCAAUGUGACAAAGGAAGACAAUGGGACGUAUGGGUGUUUGGCCGUAACAAAGGAGGGCCGCCUAGAGACCAUCAUCCACCUGCAUGUAGAUCCUCCAGGGAACAACAGAAAAAAACAUGAGGAAGGAGAGAACAAGGAUGGUUCUGAUGGACCAACAGGUGGAGAACGCAUUGGACUGAUUGCUGGGCUGGUGGCUGCUGUUCUGACUGUGGCUGCUGUUCUGAUUGUUGCCGCUGUGAUUGUCUUGAAGAAGAAGAAAAAGAAGAAGACUCCUCAUAAUGGGAUUGAAAAUGGUGUUCAGAUCCCACUAACAGAUCAAAAUACCAGCAGCCCCUCCUAGAGCUCUUCAUUCUUGAUCCCAUGGAUGCGUUGUGACGCAUCAUCAGUGAUGUCUUCUUGGGUGUUUUGGGUCUAUAGGAGCUUUGUACUCCCUCCCCCAGGGGACCUGAGCAGAGGUGAUCAGUUUCUGGCCUCCAUCCCAGCAGCAUUUAUCCACUGGUCAGAACCAUCUAGUAACUCCCUCUGUAACAACAAAGGUUACUUUAAUGGACAUCACGUUAUCAGGGCAGCAUUUUCCAGCAUGUUGAGGAAUCUGAACAAUGACGUCCAGCAAAGUCUCAGCUACCAACCUCAGAGAACUCACUGAUGGUCGAUACUUUGCACUUUUUCCUUGGACCUCCUCCUCUCAGGGUCCAGUAGCUCCACCCCGACCCCCCUCCUUUUUCUGCAUUGACUUUAUUUAUGUAAAUUAUUGAAAAUCACUACAUUUAUA